UGCAUUCGAUAAGGCACUCAUUUCGUCCGGUUGGUUACUGCAUUGUAAGCGAACGUCGCAUACCGUUAAACAGCUACAGUCGUGUCGCAUCCGUGAACAGAACGAGAUAUGUAAACGAUCGAACCGAAAGAAAGUGACAUAACCCCGAAAACCAUCGCGCAGCGUGCCGUUCGUUUCGUCUCAUCCAUUGUUUCCGGAUUAGUGUUCGUCAACUCAUUCAUCUCUUCGUCUUAACACAAAGCCCGAAUCACCGCUAGAACCAGGGGAUAUUAUUUUCAGUCAAAAUUCUACCCAUCAGGAGAAAAAUGGUUAACGCCUACGAUAUCUUCGGGGGCGUUUGCGUCUUCGUCGUUUCGGUUCAACUGCUGCGGAAGGUGUUUCCCUGGAUAUACGAGAACCUGCUCGGGCCGAAAGUGUUCGGCUCGGGGAUUAAGCUGAAGGAAAUGGGACAGUGGGCACUGGUCACCGGAGCAACGGAUGGAAUUGGCAAAGCCUACGCUAAAGCUCUAGCCAAGAAGGGCCUGAACGUGGUACUAGUCAGUCGGACACUUUCCAAGCUGGAGGAUGUCGCGAACGAAAUUGAAACCGAAUCGAAGGUCCACACCAAAAUUAUCGCAGUGGACUUCAGUACCGGACCGGAGAUCUACGAAACGAUCGAGUCCCAAACGGCCGACCUGGAGAUCGGCGUACUGGUUAACAACGUCGGUAUCAGCUACAGCCACCCGGAGUACUAUCUCAGCCUGCCGGAUUCGGCGAAGUUUGUCAACGGUUUAAUCGCAUGCAACAUUUUCUCCGUCACGCACAUGUGCAAAAUCUUUCUGCCCGGUAUGGUGGAACGCCGAAAGGGUGUAGUGAUCAACAUAUCGUCCAUGUCGGCCGUUAUUCCCGCACCGAUGCUCACCGUGUACGCAGCCACAAAAGCGUUCGUCGACAAAUUCAGUGACGAUCUGGCAACGGAAUAUGCCAAACACGGUGUAGUGGUACAGUCCGUACUGCCCGGCCCGGUAGCUACUAACAUGUCUAAAGUUCGCCGAGCCACCUGGAUGGUGUGCUCACCAAAAACGUUCGCCUCCAGUGCCCUCAGUACACUGGGAAUCGCUCGGCACACCACCGGGUACUAUCCGCACUCGUUGCUCCAGCUCAGUAUCGAUAUGAUUGGACUGGUUUCGCCGACCCUCUCGCGGAAUAUCACCCUUAAGACGAUGGAAAACAUUCGUGGUCGGGCAGUGAAACGGGCAGCAGCUACCAGCCAGCAGGAACCUAGCAAGUAGAAAAAAUGUCCGAGAUUGCCAGACUUUUCCCAGUCCCGUUAAGACCAUUACAAUUUCGUAACAACUACAAUCAAUGAAUCCUGCUGCAUAAUUUAUCUGAGCAAUAUGAGGCCGAUCGAGGCGGGAAGUGAGCGGAUGUGUGAAUUGCCACUUUCUAAGUUUUUGUUUCGCCGAAUUCCAGUUAUGUCGUUCUUUCUAUAGACUGCUAAUUACCAUAACAAAAAUGGCAUUUGUUACAACGUAGAAAAUAAUAAUGAGGAAUAUUAAUUGUUACAACCUAUGUAGGGAAAAUACAGUGGAUAAAUUCUUUUAAGGUUAAGAUUACACGA